AUGGUAAAAGUAGUGUUUGCACUUUUGAUCAUUCUAGCUUCAUCCCAUGGUCUUCCUCCGAUUAAUUACCUGCCUUACAAUGAGACUAUUGCAAGAAAGAUGUUGGAUUUGGCCGCAGCCGCAUAUUCGGAUGAACCUCAUUUGUGCUUAUUGAACCGGUUCAAAAGGGCGAAGGUAAGGGGUUUGGGGAGAGAAUUUUGAAUUUUAUUUUUGAAUUCAUCGAAUAAGUUUGCAAAACUACAUAUGUAUACUGUGACAUUGCAUAAUUCAAAAUUUGAUGACGUAGACUUCUUAACAAGUACUGCUCACAUAUUUAUGAGUCCAGUAAAAAGGAGAGAGCAUAUUCUGAGUAAUAUCUGCAGUUAAUUUUUAUGUUUCUUACUGCAAAAAUAUUGUUGUUAGAUUGCAAGACUAAAGACAUGCGGCACGUCAUAAUUUGAAAAUUUUAUUUACCAGAUAAUUUAACAAGGAAAGUACUUUUAUGGGGGCUCCUACUUUUUGACGGGACAUAUCUCAAAAAAUCAGAAAAAAUGUGCUGAUCAAGGGUAUAUAAACCUUAGCUGCCCCUUUUUGGGUUUUUAGGGUGAAAAUGCCCAAAAACUGGCUUAAUUUUCCUACAAAAAGCGCAGGCAUUCGAAACGAUAAAAAGCGCAGUCGGUCUCUUCCUUCGGAAGAGAGUGGUGUGGCCGAGUGGCUAGUGCCGUAGUUUGGAAAUCAAGAGGGGAACGCCGCACGGGUUCGAUUUCCCUUUUGGGCCGAAUCAACUUUUUUUGAAGAUGAAGGUCGGAGAAAUAAAUUUUUGGGCCAAGACUAAUUUAUCACGUCUUAGAAACUCAAUAAACAUCAUUUUAAGCCAAAAUAAAAAUUUUAAACCUGUGAAAAAUUAAGCGAAAUGGGGUUCAUAUAGGACUUUAAGUCAACUUCCGAUUGAGUUUUCACCCCUAAAAACCUAAAAUGGGCAGCUAAGAUUUAUAUAUCCUUGAUCAGCACAUUUUUUCUGAUUUUUUGAGAUAUGUCCCGUCAAAAAGUAGGAGCCCCCAUAAAAGUACUUUCCUUGUAAAAAUAAAACCUCGAAUAUCUGGCUCCCUACCAUGAUUCGACCUCCCUUUCUUUCAGGUUAUUCAACGCUACGAGCUCUUCUGCGACUCUUCAUUGAACGCCACUUGCUCAGCCUACCUUGCUCUCUUGCAUGAAGAAAAUGCGAUUGUCAUCUCCUUCCGGGGUACCAAAGAUGACGUCCAAUUUUACCGCGAAGUCCUUUCCGGGGUAGCGACCAAGCAGAAUUUUUAUGGCUUUGGCAGAGUAAAUAAAUACUUCCACGAUGCAUAUUUGACUUUAUGGCUCAGUGGAAUGGCCGACUUGUUCUACGAGUUGGUGGAGUAUUACCCCGGAUACUCAGUUUGGGUAACUGGUCAUUCACUCGGAGGGGCGUUGGCUACAUUGGCUUCGGCAGAUUUAAUCAGUACGGGGAGGUUUAACACUCAUAAUAGCUUGCAUUAUAAUUUUGGAUGUCCAAGAGUUGGUGAUGACCAUUUUGCACAGAUCUUCGAGAAAUUGGUGAGUAAACAAAAGUUUUUUUUUUGCAAGCAAGCAGUCUUUGCUAGUUCAAUCAAUAUAAGAAUUAUUGAAAAACUUUUCUUGUGUGAAUGAGAUGCUUCCAUCAUUUUUUUGUCGACAGGGGUAUGUAAAAAUCGGGCAGCCGAAAAAAUUCAGAAACUGCGGUUCAAUUUUAUCCUUUUUCAAAUAAACUAAUCCAACGCUUUUAGCUUCCCGACUACUUCAGAAUAGUCCACGCUCAGGAUGCAAUAACUACUGUCUUCCCGACUCUUCUCGGAUAUCAUCAUCACCACACUGAAAUCUGGUAUAAUAACAGUAUGGCCGUUGGUGACAAAUACAUCUCCUGCUACGGCGAUAACGACCCCCGAUGUCCGGUUAGACCAUCCAUGAGCAUGUUUGACCAUCGGCGGUAUUUCGGUGUCCGAGUUCCGGUUUACGGACAAGACGGAUGUGUGGGGAAUGGAGAACAUGAAAUUGAAGGUGAAAUACGGCGUUGAUUGGUUCCCAUAAUUAUUUAGUUUUGAAUUAAAAAUUUGAUGGAAAUAAUUUAUAAUCUUGAUCAUAAUUGUAUUUUGAUAAAUGCUCAAAAAUUUGAUGGAUGAUAAAACUUCCUUUUGAUUGCUGUUUUUAUGUGACAGGAGCACAUUUUUGAUAUUUGUUUUGCAACAAGCGCACGCUUGAUUUUGUGGAAAACAACGCUGGUUGCCGUUGAGAAUUGGCGGUUUGUAAAACGAUCUCAUAUAUUAUAAAUUCAUAAAUGCAAAGUUUUGUCUUAAAACGAACCUCAAGACGAAUAGAUACGUACAACCCGUACGAGUUCACAAGGCACUAUCCCACGCUGCACGAAGCACAUACUCAUUUAGCACAUUAUUUUUGAAAUUUAACUACGUUUACCCCAUAAUUGCGCGUUGCAAUGCAUUGUAAUAACUUUGAUUAUUUUUUUUAAAUUUUCCUAUUCUAGUUGCAUUGCCUUUAAGCCCUUUAAUUUAUAGUUUGAUCUAUCUGAAAUUGAGCAACUUUUUUGUGUGAGGUAUUAAAAAUUGAAGGUAUAACAGUACCAAAAUUUGAUAAGACUAACAGGCCAUCCUUAUAUUUAAGGUUUUAUUCUGGAUGAUUUUAUGACCCUUUAUCUAACGCAUCACAUGCGGUGGCUCUUUGCUUUGUUGACGUUGACUAGACUUGUGGUUGGAAUCGAAUACGAUGAAGGGUUAUCCAGGAAUAAGUUCUUCCCUCUGGCGGCAGCUGCAUAUUCGAACAAACCUGAAGAAUGUUUGGAGAACAAAGUGAUCGGUACGAAGGUAAGAAGAUGACACAACGAGAACAUGAAAACUUUUUGGCAUAUGUUUUCAGGUUCUUGGAAAAUAUGUUGCACCGUGUAACUUGAGAAAGAGCGAUCAUUGUUUCAGCUUUAUUGGUGUAAACCAUAAGGAUAAAGCAUUAAUCUUGUCGUUUCGGUAAGUUUUUGGAGGCUUUCUCUAAAUAUAGACCGAAGUUUAUUGCAAUCCAACGCCUUGCUUUUGACCAAACCAACGAUAAGCAUAAGUAAUGUCUACGGAAUAAACAAUGCUUUUAGGUUUUAUUUUACAGUAAACAUUGCGAGUUUUCGCUAACGAUUUUUUUAGAGGCUCCACCACUCCAGAACAGAUAGUCCAUGAAGUUCUCGACACAAUAGUUAAGCCGGAAGUCCAGACAUUCAAUGACACUAAAGUCGGGUUUUAUUUUUACCAUGCAUUUGAUCAGAUGUGGAACAAAGACAUGAAAGUCGAUUUCGAACGUUAUCAGGCGAAAUUCAGAACCUACGAUAUAUGGGUAGGUAAAAUAUUAGAGCCUUGUUUAAUUGUAUGCCGUUAAUUUCUCCGUUGAAAAGAGAGCUGUAAAGCUGCUUAUGUUGAUAUGGAACCUUUUCAGGUAACCGGUCAUUCCCUUGGCGGAGCAAUGGCUUCUUUAUGCGCCGCAACAAUUGCAUUCGACUAUCCCAAAGCCAGUGAACGAGUAGUCCUCUACACGUUCGGUGAGCCUCGAGUUGGGGACAAAAAAUACGCCGAUUUAUUGGAUAAUCACAUUCCAAAUUCAUUUCGCGUUAUCCACAACCGCGAUGUCGUGGUAAACAUCCCAAUAAUCCAUGCUGGUCAUUUUUGGCAUCACAACACUGCCGUAUUUUAUAAGAAUGACAUGCAAAAUGCGACCGAUUAUAUUGAAUGCAGUGGACCGGACCGGGACUGCACUUUUAAGCAUAUGAGAUUCCAAACCUCAAUUGAAGAUCAUCUGAAUUAUUUCGGGAUGAGAAUCUCGGAUUAUGGAUUGAAUAGUUGCAAGCCGGUGGCGGCAAGGACGUAUGGGACUCCAAGGAAUCUGACAGACAUGGCUAAUUGA